AGUGGGACUGUGCACUUUCUGCUUCCUCUGUUCAGUUCAAACUCGAAGCUGUUAUCAAAUCAUCGAAUCAAAGCUUCCGAUUUCGGCUCGGCGAUGGACAUGCCGGGAGGAGACUAUUACGGCGGCUAUCCCCCUCCGCCGGGGCCCCACCACCCACCGAGCGAUCCUCAGUACCCUCAACAGCAGCCGCCGUACAAUCCCUAUCCUACCGACCCUCUUCCGCCCCCGCCCCCGCCCUUCAACGGCCCUCCACUGGACCCCAACUUCAACUACCACCAGCCCCCGCCGCCGCCGCCGCCGGCGGUCAAUGCCCCGUGCGAUUCCUACGGUGGAGGAGGGGGAUUUUGGCCCAGUGGAAAUAACGGUGGGAGCAACUAUGGUGGUGGCGGCGGCGCCGGCGGUUACUCAGCCCCUUUCCAUGGCCGCAAGCGGCCUCGGCAUGCUUCACAGCACGGCGAUGGUACUGGAUAUCCCAAAAUCUACGUUGCAUCGGUGCCGAGAACGGCUACUGAAGAAGAUAUUCGUCCCGUGUUUGAGCCACAUGGAAGACUUGUUGAGGUUAUUCUUCUUAGGGAUAAGAGGACUGGUCAGCAACAAGGGAGUUGUUUUGUGAAGUAUGCUACAACUGAGGAAGCUGAUAGAGCUAUCAGAGCGUUAAACGAUAAAUUCACAUUCGAGGGGGAACUAUCUCCUGUUAAAGUAAGAUAUGCGGAUGGGGAGCGGGAACGCCUGGGCCUUUUAAAGAACUGUCCUGGUGGCCAGUGGGCAGGAUCUCCACCAGCAGCUGCCAAUGGUGACCAAUGGGCAGGACCUCCACCAGCUGCUGCCAAUGGUGAUAAUUUUGGAAGUCAAUGGACAGCACCUCCACCAGGCUUCAAAGGCGAUAAUCAUGGUGGUCAAUGGGCAGCACCAACAUCAGCCUUCAAAGGCGAGAAUAAAGGCCUACUUGUGGAUAAAGUAUAUGUUAGUGGUGUUAACAGACAUGCAACAAAACAGGAAAUCAAGGAGAUCUUUUCCCCAUAUGGUGUUGUUGAAGAUAUCUUUAUCAUUCGCGAUGAGAUGAAACAGAGUCGGGGUUGCGCAUUUGUCAAAUAUUCUCAUAGUGACAUGGCGGUGGCAGCAAUCAAGUCAUUGAAUGGAACUUUCAUAAUGCGGGGCUGUGAUCUUCCAUUGACUGUUCGAUUUGCGGAACCCAAGAAACCUAGAGGUGGGGAACCAAGGGGCAAUAAUUCAUCAUCGGGCUCUUAUUUCAGUGCUCAUUCUCGAGAACCAGUCAAUAGGCAUGCACCACAUCUCAGUAAUUCUAUGGGGGGAUUCAUUCCUCCUGUUCCAUCACAUCACAUGCAGCAACAGUUCAACUCCUCAUUUCCAAAUCAGGUCCCUGCAGAUCAUAGAAUCAUGCCGCAACCAGUUCCGCCAUUGCAGCAGACCCCUCCGCUGUUACCCCAGUGCUCUACUCCGCAUGUAGAAACUCUCGAGGGUUCUCAGACACCAGAUCAAGUGGGCUCCGAGAUACGCCCACAGCCUGAUAAGCUUCAAGCAUCUAACCAAAAGUCUGAGCAGCAGCAGCAACAACAGCAGCAGAGUUCUCAGGCAUCAGAACAAAUGGACAAGUUCAUGACUGCUCAGGCUCAGGUCGGUCCUCAGACAGCUGUCAGCGCUUGUACCACAUCAACGGAUGCUGAAGCAGCUUCUCUCGAGUGUGAUUGGAGUCAGCACAUCUGCCCUGAUGGAUUCAAGUACUACUAUAACUGUGUCACUUGCGAAAGCAUGUGGGAGAAACCUGAUGAGUUUGCAAGAUAUGAGCAAGAGCAAGAAAAGCUGCGAAAUCGGCAAAAUUCUACCCAGCAUAUUCAUUCGCAAUCACCCAUUAUUUCUUCCACCGUAGAAACUGCUCAAGCACAACAUGUGCAGAUUCAGAAUUCUUUCUUCCCCCAGGAGAAGGGUCUAGCCGUUGUCCCAGCCUGUGGUUGAACAGAUUAAUCCUUGAUCAUCAAUGAGAUAGAGGAUCACGACUGAUUUCCACCAUGGUUGUUGAUGAAGUGGAACAGUUUAGGGAUGGGGUGGUAGAAUAAUCGCUAUAAAACCUGUCCAAGGAUAGCUAAUGAAAAUGUUCGAGGUAUGUUUUCCGGUCUUUAUGUUCAGAUGUCCUCUAGGGUCUCCAUUUAUCUAAACUAUGCAAUGCAAUAUUGUAUUCAUAAGCGUUAUUAUCUUGGUAAGUGUAGUUUAGACGCAGGGUCACCAUUAUUCUUUUCUACUGAUUUCUGUUUGUGGUUCCUAUGUUAUCGAAUGUAUCUGAGGACGCAAUACCAUACGCUGCAGUUGAGAGUGUACGAAAAUGUAAUCCGAAGUUGGUAACAUUAUCACCUCGAUUUGUACAAUGUAGCAAUACUACUAAACACCUAUCUGUUAUGGGAAA